AUGGAGAAGGAGGCCGCGCUGACGCAGCACCAAGGCGGCUUGGCCGAGUACCCGAGCCGCAAGCCACUCCAGAAGGCCCUCGUCGUCUCGAUCUUCGUGUACCUUGUGUCGUUUGCCUUUACGUGGUACAAGGUGUACUGGGACACGCUCAUCUCGCUCGCGUUUGUCGUCCUUGGCUACUAUGCCAUCUACGACCCCAACAGCCGCCCCAUGGGCAAGGCCUUUCACCUCUUUUAUCUCGGGCUCAUGCUCUGCAUUCUGCUGCACACGAUUGCAUUUGCGACGCUCGUCGCCGAGCUCGUGAGCAGCCAAGUCGAAGCGCAUCUCAACCUCAAACUCAUCAACUCGCCCACGGGCCUCGUCAUCUUUCUCAUCAUCCUCGAGCUCGGCUACAUGGCGCUCACGGGCGUUGCGAUCGGGCUGUGCUUCCGCCUCCGGUGCGAGGUCGACGGUAUCGUUGAAGACCCGAACGAGUACCACGAGCUCCUCUAA